AUGGAUACCGCUCUCGAAAUCCUCGACCCCCUCGUCUUCGACAAGGCCUACGCCUACCUCUUCCCUGGCCCGUCAGUAGCCUGUGACGCUGUCCGCGCUGCCUCCUGGUCUACCUCGUCGCUACUCGACGCCGUCGCCGCCCACAAUGCCACCGUCAAAAUUGCCACCUCGGCCGUCGACUCGUGCGUCGUCUCCUUUCUACCCCGCGACGACAUCCGCCGACAAUGCGCCUCCAUCCUCUUCGUCGCUGGCGUAGGUGCCGCCGCCAUGUACUUUAUCUUCGCCGCCUUUUCCUACUACCUCAUCUUCGACCGCCGUCUCGAGUACCACCCGAGAUUCCUCAAGAACCAAGUCCGCCAGGAGAUCCUGUCCUCGCUCUGGGCCAUUCCCGUCAUCGACCUGUUGAGUCUGCCCUUCUUCCUCGCCGAGGUCCGCGGCCACAGUCUGCUCUACUCCCGCAUCGACGAGUACGGCUGGACCUGGCUCUUCGUCUCGACCCUCAUCUACAUGGUCUUCAACGACUUCUUCAUCUAUUGGAUUCACCGCCUCGAGCACCACCCCAGCAUCUACAAGUACGUCCACAAGCCUCACCACAAGUGGAUCGUUCCCACGCCCUGGGCUGCCAUCGCCUUCCACCCCGUCGACGGCUUCCUUCAGUCGACCCCUUACCACAUUUUCGUCUUCAUCUGCCCGAUGCACAAAUACCUCUACGCCGUGCUCUUCAUCCUUGUCCAGCUCUGGACCGUCUUCAUCCACGACGGCGACAUGAUCACCGGCACCUGGACGGAAAAGUUCAUCAACAGCCCGGCUCACCACACCCUUCACCACAUGUACUUUACGUGCAACUACGGCCAGUACUUUACCUGGGCCGACAACUACUUUGACUCGCAUCGCGAGCCGCGCCCUGACCUCGACCCCAUCCACGAUGCUCUCCGCGUCAUGCGCGAGAAAGGCCUCAUUGACGAAAAGGGCAACAACAUUCCUCAGAAGAAGAAGAGCGACUAA